CACUCAGGCAUUUCUUCUUGGGAGAAUAUGGCCGACAUAUUGAUACUGCUGUCAUGAAGAUUUUCUAGUGACAAAUUUUAACUUUAUAGUUUUACAUGCUCGAUUUUAUGUUUCAAUAACGUUUAAGUUUUUAUAGUUUGAUAGACGGUGUUAGUGUAAGUUUAAAUUUUAUUUAUAAAAUGGCAGCUGAUCGUGAAAUAGCUGCCGAAGACAGCAUUAGAGUCGUAUGCCGAUUUCGGCCCCUCAAUGAUUCUGAAGAAAAGGCUGGGUCUAAAUUUAUUGUGAAAUUUCCUUCGGGACCUGAUGAUAACUGUAUUUCUAUAGGGGGUAAAGUUUAUCUGUUUGACAAAGUGUUUAAACCUAAUGCAACUCAAGAGAAAGUAUACAAUGAGGCUGCUAAAAGUAUUGUGUCAGAUGUUCUUGCUGGUUACAAUGGGACAAUAUUUGCCUAUGGGCAAACUAGUUCAGGAAAAACACAUACCAUGGAGGGUGUCAUAGGUGAUCCAGGGAAACAGGGAAUCAUACCUCGGAUUGUUAAUGAUAUAUUCAAUCAUAUCUAUGCAAUGGAAGAAAAUCUAGAAUUCCACAUUAAAGUUUCAUACUUUGAAAUUUAUAUGGAUAAAAUUAGAGACUUAUUAGACGUUUCAAAAGUAAAUCUCAGUGUACAUGAGGACAAAAAUAGGGUCCCAUUUGUUAAAGGUGCUACAGAAAGGUUUGUGUCAAGCCCAGAAGAAGUAUUUGAAGUAAUUGAAGAAGGAAAAUCAAAUAGGCACAUAGCUGUUACAAACAUGAAUGAACACUCUUCAAGAUCUCACUCAGUGUUCCUGAUAAAUGUGAAACAGGAAAAUUUAGAAAAUCAAAAGAAACUCUCUGGAAAGUUGUAUCUUGUGGAUUUAGCUGGAUCUGAAAAGGUGUCUAAAACUGGUGCAGAAGGAACAGUCCUCGAUGAAGCAAAAAACAUAAAUAAGUCAUUAUCAGCACUAGGUAAUGUAAUAUCUGCAUUAGCUGACGGAAACAAAUCACACAUUCCCUACAGAGAUUCAAAGCUGACUCGUAUCCUACAAGAGUCACUUGGUGGUAAUGCACGGACAACAAUUGUAAUUUGUUGCUCUCCAGCAUCAUUCAAUGAAAGUGAGACAAAGAGUACACUGGACUUUGGUAAAAGAGCCAAAACCGUUAAGAAUGUUGUGUGUGUUAAUGAGGAGCUUACAGCUGAAGAAUGGAAACGUCGUUAUGAGAGAGAGAAGGAAAAAGUGGCUAGACUUAAAGGAAAGGUUGAAAAAUUGGAGGCAGAAGUUAACCGAUGGAGGUCUGGGGAGACUGUGCGUCCUGAGGAACAGGUUAACCUGGUGGAAAUUGAUGCGGCCACACCAGUCACCUCUUUCAUUGAAGAGAAACCACCAGUUGCUCCUGUACCUGUGGCGGUGUCAAGUGCAGUGGAAGAUGCUGCUUUGCAAGUGAAAUUGGAAGCCUUGUAUCAGCAGCUGGAUGACAAGGAUGAGGAGAUCAACCAGCAUUCACAGCUUGUUGAGAAACUCAAGGAGCAGAUGAUGGAACAGGAGGAACUCAUCGCUUGUACAAGGCGGGAUUUCGAGGCCCUGCAAGGUGACAUGAACCGUAUACAACAAGAGAACGAGGCUGCUAAGGAGGAAGUUAAGGAAGUCCUACAAGCACUAGAGGAGCUCGCUGUCAAUUACGACCAGAAAUCACAGGAGGUUGACAGCAAGAGCCGCGAGUGUGACCAACUUUCUGAAGAGUUGCAGACCAAGCAGAGUGCCCUCACAACUGCCACUGCUGAGCUGCAGCAGCUCCGUGACCUGUCCGCCCACCAACGUAAGCGUAUCGCGGAACUGCUCACCAAUCUGCUGCGAGACCUGUCCGAGAUCGGCGCGGCGGUUGGCGGCUCCGAGCUGGACUUCAAGCUGAACGUGGACACCGUCGGAAAGCUGGAGGAGGAGUUCACGGUGGCCAGGCUUCACAUCAGCAAGAUGAAGAGCGAGGUCAAGAACAUUGUGCAGCGCUGCCACUCCCUGGAGACAGCUAAUAUCGACGCAAAUCAGAAGAUCGAGGAGUACGAGCGGUCCCUGGGCGAGUGCCGGCUGCUGAUCUCGCAGCAUGAAGCUCGCUGUGCGUCGCUGGCCGAGUCCAUGCGUGAGGCGGAGAACAAGAAGCGGCAGCUGGAGGAGGCGGCGGACGCUCUGCGCGAGGAGUGUGCUCGCUUGCAGGCGGCGGAGCGCGUGCAGCUGGCCGCGGCCGAGCAGCGCGCCGACACGCAGGUGCGCGCGGCGCUGGAGGCCCAGCUGGAGCAGCUGCGCUCCUCACACGCCACGCAGCUGUCGGCGCUGCGAGACGAGCUGGCGGCCGCGCUGCGCCAGCACCAGGACCUCAAGGAUUCAUACCAAGAGUUGACUCUGGCCCGGCAGCAGUUGCAGGAUGACUACGAGAAGUUGAAGCGCGAAGAAGCGGACAAGUCGGCAAAGCUGAAGGAACUCAUACAAAGUGUGGAGCGUCGCGAGCAGGCCCGCGCAGACCUCAAGGGACUGGAAGACACUGUGGCUAAGGAGCUGCAGACAUUGCACAACCUGCGGAAGUUGUUCGUCCAGGACUUGCAGGCAAGGAUAAAGAAAUCGACCAACUCCGAGGAGGGUGCCGAGGAAGAGGGCGGUUCCCUCGCGCAAAAACAGAAGAUCUCAUUCCUGGAGAACAACCUGGAGCAGCUGACGAAGGUGCACAAGCAGCUGGUGCGGGACAACGCCGACCUGCGCUGCGAGCUGCCCAAGCUGGAGAAGAGACUGCGCGCCACCAUGGAGCGGGUCAAGGCACUGGAGAUGGCGCUCAAGGAGGCUAAGGAGGGCGCGAUGCGUGACCGCAAGAGAUACCAGUUCGAAGUGGACCGCAUCAAGGAAGCAGUGCGCGCUAAGAACCUGGCCCGGCGCGGAGUACAGGCACAGAUCGCGAAACCGAUCCGCGCGGGAGGCGGCCAUAUUGUGGGCAGCGGCGGCGUGGUGCGACCGGCGCCUGCGCAGGACAUCAAGCGAAAAUCCAUCAUCGUGGGAGCGCGUGAUGAGAGUUGAAGAAACAGCUGUGGUCAUAGAGAUUCUAAGAGAAAUUUCAUAGAUGUAUUUUGAAAUAAGGUGGCAAAAAUAGUUCUUGCAAAAAUAUAAUAUUCUACUUACGUAUUUAUCGAGAGCCUAAUUAUUAAGUGAGAUUGGCUUGAAAUAACAAAAAAAAAAUAAUGUAGUUCUCGUAAUGCUUCUUCGAUUUGUAUAAUGUUAACGUUACUAAGUGCACAUGUUUACAAAUUAUUGCUUGUUGCGAGUUCAUACUAGAACUAGGUGUUCAAACACGCUGCCGACCGAUCAUUCAAUGACAAAUCAAUAAUUCCACAGGCAAGUUGCCAAAGAAAAUGUUUGUUGUCUUUAAAACAAGUUUUUAUGUUUAAACAACGUUUGUUUUAUGAAAUGACUAGUAUUAUUAUUAGAUUGAAUCGCCUCUGUGCUAAAUGAACUGUUAGCAGUGUCUUCUACGAAGAUAUGUAGUGGAUGUGACAUGGAGACAGUUACCGAACGGAGACGACGAUGAUCAAUUUACAUAUCUUCAUACAAGAUACCUAUAUAUUUAUACAUCACUGCACGGACUGCUGGAGUCCGUGAGCUCGUGUGCUGCCGCACAAAGAAAAUAGAAAAUUAUAAAAAAUAUAUAAAAAAAAUAUUUUGGUUAUCGUCGAUGUUUGUGGUGGCAAAUGUACCCGGAGUGUAUCUUCAAUGUGUAGAACUAGUGUAAGCUUCUUUAAUAUAUAUUUUUAUAUGUUGUGAUAAGCGCUGUUGUGCCACCGUGCAUAUAUAGUCGGCGACCGCUCCAGUGACGUCACGGCCGUGUUUAAACACAAUAACUGCACUUCAUCCACCCAGUAGUCUUUAGUCUUUGUCUGUGUUAUUAAUAAACGCGAAGUAAUUCCACGUUUAAAACUUUUUGUCUCUAUCAUACCUUUGUCACUACAGACUUACAUGACAGGGACAACAAUUUUAAAUUUGGAGUAACUUUACACCGCGUUAAUUAAUAAGACGGUUUGAGUUUAUAUCGCAUAAGUAUUUCUUCCAGCACACGUUCGAUCCGACAGCGCACUACUCAUGCUGUUAAAAGUUGUUUCCAUUUGCAUGUCGGAUACAAUUUCUCUCUCCCAGCCACAUGUCACUUGUAACACGAGAGACAUAAUGUGCUGCGGUGGUACCAGGCAUACUCAUCCAGCUUAAACCAAAUGACAUUAUACUGUGACAAGUUGUGUGGACAUCAUUUCCAUCCACCUUCCACCACAAAAUAAUAGGAUCCAGCUACUUUUUCCUUUUAUAUUAUUUCUUGACACAGGCAGACACUUACUUUAUUAAGGCCAUGAUCUCUAAAUAUAACAGUCGUUUUUUCAGCUGGAUUCAGCAAAUAAGCCGAGUGAAUAUGUGUAUAAACUGGUGGGGGGGGUAUGGUUUGCUGUAUUUUACAAUUCAUCAACUGUGUAAUAUUAGUGGAGGGCGUAUGCACCUAGGCGACUUGCUGCCGCUAGCAAGUUCUCAGCUUGUAGGUACAGUUUGCGCCGUAAAUACCUGACAGAUAGGUGGGCGAUUUUUAUAUUCGCGGAGAAUAUGAAAAUCUCUUUCAACUAAUCGAACUUUGAUAGGUUAAGGACUGAUGUCCUGUUUAUGAGAGUGACGGAACGAGAAAAUGUUGCACCCAAUGAUAAUAGGUAACUGGUCUCUUCUUGUAAUCGAGCCUAUACACAUUACAGAAUGAUCAAAUAAAUGACCGCAGUUUGAAUACGUAUUCAUAACAGUUUUCUGUGCACCAACUUCUGGAUUAACGUGUGCUUCUAACACAAAGCCUUAAUAUAUACUACAUUUUUAAUCUAUGUAUUAUUGUAAUAUAUAAACCCAUAGUUUUUUUUAUUAUCUGUCUAUCUUCUGUUUUGUCUGACACAUCUCAAUUACAUAGCCGUG